AUGCACCCUUGCUUGUGCGCUUUGCAGCUGCUGUGCCCUCCUGUAACAGCUGGCUAGGUGUGGUAUCACCGCCACUUGCCACUUGCCGGUGACUUCCACACAGGUCAUGCUGUUGUCUCCUGAUCCAGCCGGCCCUGCCAGGUGACCAUGCCUGUCCUCGGCCCAGCUCUCCUCCAGGCGCUCUGGGCCGGGUGGGUCCUCACGCUCCAGCCCCCUCCACCGGCUGCUUUCACUCCCAAUGGCACGCAUCUGCAGCAUCUGGCACGAGAUCCCACCUCAGGGACCCUCUACCUGGGGGCCACCAACUUCCUGUUCCAGCUGAGCCCUGAGCUGCAGCUGGAGGCGACUGUGCCCACUGGCCCUGUGCUAGAUAGCAGGGACUGCUUGCCACCUGUGAUGCCUGAUGAGUGCCCUCAGGCCCAGCCUACCAACAACCUGAACCAGCUGCUCCUGGUGAGCCCCGGGGCCCUGGUGGUGUGCGGGAGCGUGCACCAGGGGGUCUGUGAGCUGCGGCACCUGGGCCAACUUGAUCGGCUACUGCUGCGGCCUGAGCGGCCUGGGGACACCCAGUAUGUGGCCGCCAAUGACCCUGCAAUCAGCACGGUGGGACUGGUGGCCCAGGGCUUGACUGGGGAGCCCCUCCUAUUUGUGGGGCGGGGAUACACCAGCAGGGGUGUGGGAGGUGGCAUCCCUCCCAUCACAACCCGGACCUUGCGGCCACUGGACCCCCAAACUGCCUUCUCCUAUGAGGAGACAGCCAAGUUGGCCGUGGGCCGCCUCUCUGAGUACAGCCACCACUUUGUGAGCGCCUUUGCACGUGGGGCCAGCGCCUACUUCCUGUUCCUGCGGCGGGACCUGCAGGCUCAGUCUAGAGCCUUUCGUGCCUACGUGUCCCGAGUGUGCCUCCGGGACCAGCACUACUAUUCCUAUGUGGAGUUGCCUCUGGCCUGCCAGGGUGGCCGCUACGGGCUGAUCCAGGCUGCAGCUGUGGCCACGUCCCUGGAGGUGGCCCAGGGGGAGGUACUCUUUGCUGCCUUCUCCUCAGCCGCUCCCCCCACUGUGGGCCGGCCUCCGUCAGCAGCUGCUGGAGCAUCUGGAGCCUCUGCCCUCUGCGCCUUCCCCCUGGAUGAGGUGGAUCGCCUUGCUAACCGCACGCGAGAUGCCUGCUACACUAGGGAGGGCCGUGCCGCAGAUGGGGUGGAGGUGGCCUACAUCGAGUAUGAUGUCAAUUCUGACUGUGCACAGCUGCCUGUGGAUACGCUGGAUGCUUAUCCUUGUGGCUCGGACCACACGCCCAGCCCCAUGGCCAGCCGUGUACCCCUGGAAGCCACAGCCAUUUUGGAGUGGCCAGGAGUUCAGCUAACAGCUGUGGCAGUCACCAUGGAGGAUGGACACACCAUUGCUUUCCUGGGUGAUAGUCAAGGGCACCUUCACAGGGUCUACUUGGGCCCGGGGAGUGAUGGCCAUCCAUACUCCACACAGAACAUCCAGCUGGGGUCUGCGGUGAGCAGAGACCUUACUUUUGAUGGGGCCUUCGAGCACCUGUAUGUCAUGACCCAGAGCACGCUUCUCAAGGUUCCUGUGGCCUCCUGUGCUCAGCACCUGGACUGUGCAUCUUGUCUUGCUCACAAGGAUCCAUACUGUGGGUGGUGUGUGCUCCUUGGCAGAUGCAGUCGCCGGUCCGAGUGCUCACGGGGACAGGGCCCAGAGCGGUGGCUGUGGAGCUUCCAGCCUGAGCUGGGCUGUCUGCAAGUGGCAGUUAUGAGUCCUACCAACAUCAGCCGAGAGGAGCGGAGGGAGGUUUUCCUGUCGGUGCCUGACCUGCCGCCUCUGUGGCCAGGGGAGACAUAUUCCUGCCAGUUCGGGGAUCACCAGACUCCAGCCCUGCUGACCAGUUCUGGUGUGAUGUGCCCUUCCCCAGACCCUAGCGAGGCCCCAGCUCUGCCAAGAGGAGCCGACCAUGUGUCAGUGAGUGUGGAGCUCAGGUUUGGCGCCGUGGUGAUUACCAAAGCUUCACUGUCCAUCUAUGACUGUACAGCAGUCACCGAGCUCCGCCCGUCUGCACAGUGCCAGGCCUGCGUGAGCAGCCGCUGGGGCUGUAACUGGUGUGUCUGGCAGCAGCUGUGCACGCACAAGGCCUCGUGUGACGCCGGGCCCAUGGUGGUUAGUCAGCAGAGCCCGCUUCUCUCCCCAGCCCUUCCAGCAAGAGAUGUACCCACCCCCUUCCCACCCGAAGCCCCCCAGACCCCAGCCAUCCCUGCUCCCGACACCCUUCCUGUGGAGCCCGGUGCCCCCUCCACAGCCUCGGAUGUCCCACCUGGGGACCGCCCGCCCCUGCUCAGCCCCUGGGGGCCGGGGGCGGGUCCUGGCCCCAUACCUGCCUUAGCCUCCACAGAGCCACCUCUCCAUGAGGAACCUCCCCCUCCCGAACCCCCCAACAGACCUGGAACCGCUGUCCCCGCCCCCACUGACUUCGGACCCACGGCCACACCCGAGGACCUCUUGGCCUCCCACGCAUCGCCCACAGCUGCAGCAGCACUGCCCCCUGCCCCUGCAGACCCCGGCCCCGAGGCCGACCCCUCCGUGGCACUCCUGGACCAGCCCCCUGGCACUGCUCUCGCCACCACUUUCCCAGGGGCCGCUGGCUCCACGAAGCCCGCUCUGGACUGGCUCAUGAGAGAAGGAGGCGAGCUGCCUGAGGCGGACGAGUGGAUGGGGGGUGACACACCCGCCUUCUCCACUUCCACCCUCCUCUCAGGUGAUGGAGACUCGGCUGAGCACGAGGGCCCUCCCGCCCCCCUCAUCCUCCUGUCCAGCCUCGACUACCAAUACGACACCCCCGGGCUCUGGGAGCUGGAGGAGGUGAACUGGGGGGCAAGCUCCUGCCCUUGUGUCGAGAGUGUUCAGGGUUCCACGCUGAUGCCAGUCCACGUGGAGCGCGAAGUCCGGCUGCUGGGCAGGAACCUGCGCCUCUUCCAGGACAGCCCUGGAGCCCAUGAGUGUGUGAUGGAGCUGGAGGGCCGCGAAGUGGCAGUUGAGGCCCAGGUGGAGUGUGAGCCACCUCCAGAUACUCAAUGCCACGUUACGUGCCGGCAGCACCAGUUCAGCUAUGAGGCUGUGCAGUCAGAGCUCCGUGUGGGGCUGUUUCUCCGUCGGGCUGGCCGUCUGCGUGUGGACAGUGCUGAUGGGCUGCACGUGGUGCUGUAUGACUGCUCCGUGGGUCACGGGGACUGUAGCCACUGCCAAACUGCCAUGCCCCAGUAUGGCUGCGUGUGGUGCAAGGGAGAACAUCCACGUUGCGUGGCCCAGGAAGCUUGUGGCGAGACUGAAGCUGUGGCCACGCAGUGCCCCGCGCCCCUCAUCUACUCGGUGGAGCCGCUGACUGGGCCUGUAGACGGAGGCACCCGUGUUACCGUCAGGGGCUCCAACCUGGGCCAACAUGUGCAGGACGUACAGGACACGGUCAGGGUGGCCGGAGUGCCCUGUGCUGUGGACGCUCAGGAGUACGAGGUCUCCAGUAGCUUGGUGUGUAUCACUGAGGCCAGUGGGGAGGAGGUGGCUGGUGCUGUGACAGUGGAGGUGCCGGGAAGAGGACAUGGUGUCUCAGAGCAUGACUUUGCCUACCAGGACCCGAAGCUGCAUUCUAUUUUCCCGACCCGAGGCCCCAGAGCGGGGGGCACCCGCCUUACCCUGCAUGGCUCCAAGCUCCUGACUGGGCGGCUGGAGGACAUCCGAGUAGUAGUUGGUGACCAGCCUUGUCACCUGCUGCUGGAGCAGCAGGCCGAGCAGCUGCAGUGUGAGACCAGCCCCCACCCCACGCCUGCCACGCUCCCUGUGGCUGUGUGGUUUGGGGCCGCUGAGCGGAGGCUUCAACACAGCCAGUUUGAGUACACAUCAGACCCCAACGUCACCUCUGCCGGCCCCACCAGGAGCUUCCUCAGUGGAGGACGGAAGAUAUGGGUCCGUGGCCAGAAUUUGGAUGUGGUACAGACACCAAGAAUCCGAGUGACUGUGGCCCCAACAGCACCGCAGCCUGGCUAUGGGUUUGGGCGGAGGCGCCGUGUGAUCCCAGAAACAGCAUGCUCCCCUGGAGCUUCCUGUGGCGGCCAUCACUUUGAGGAGCCAUGCCACGUGAACUCCUCUCAGCUCAUCACGUGCCGCACGCCUGCCCUCCCAAGCCUGCCUGAGGACCCCUGGGUCCGGGUGGAAUUUAUCCUUGACAACCUGGUCUUUGACUUCGCAACACUGAGUACCACACCCUUCUCCUAUGAGGCCGACCCCACUCUGCAGCCCCUGAACCCUGAGGACCCCACCGUGCCAUUCCGGCACAAACCUGGGAGUGUGCUCUCUGUGGAGGGGGAGAAUCUGGACCUUGCAAUGUCCAAGGAGGAGGUGGUGGCCAUGAUAGGGGAUGGCCCCUGCGUGGUGAAGACGCUGACCCGUCACCACCUAUACUGCGAGCCCCCCCUGGAGCAGCCCCUGCCCUGGCACCAUGCCCUCCGAGAGGCACCUGAUGCUCUGCCUGAGUUCACGGUGCAGAUGGGGAACCUGCGCUUCUCCCUGGGCCAUGUGCAGUAUGAUGGCGAGAGCCCCGUGGCUUUUCCCAUGGCAGCCCAGGUGGGCUUGGGGGUGGGCACCUCUCUUCUGGCUCUGGGUGUCAUCAUCAUUGUCCUCAUAUACAGGAGGAAGAGCAAGCAGGCCCUGAGGGACUAUAAGAAGGUCCAGAUCCAGCUGGAGAAUCUGGAGAGCAGCGUGAGGGACCGCUGCAAGAAGGAGUUCACAGACCUCAUGACUGAGAUGACCGAUCUCACCAGUGACCUUCUGGGCAGUGGCAUCCCCUUCCUUGACUAUAAGGUGUAUGCUGAGAGGGUCUUCUUCCCUGGGCACCAGGAGUCACCCUUGCACCGGGACCUGGGUGUACCUGAGAGCAGGCGACCCACCGUGGAACAAGGGCUGGGGCAGCUCUCCAACCUGCUCAACAGCAAGCUCUUCCUCACCAAGUUCAUCCACACCCUGGAGAGCCAGCGCACCUUCUCAGCUCGGGACCGCGCGUACGUGGCAUCUCUGCUCACCGUGGCACUGCAUGGAAAGCUCGAGUACUUCACCGACAUCCUCCGCACCCUGCUCAGUGACCUGGUGGCUCAGUACGUGGCCAAGAACCCCAAGCUGAUGCUGCGCAGGACAGAGACUGUGGUGGAAAAGCUGCUCACCAACUGGAUGUCCAUCUGCCUGUACACUUUCGUGAGGGACUCAGUAGGGGAGCCUCUGUACAUGCUCUUCCGUGGAAUUAAGCAUCAAGUGGACAAGGGACCCGUGGAUAGCGUGACUGGCAAAGCCAAAUACACCCUGAAUGACAACCGCCUUCUCAGAGAGGACGUGGAGUACCGUCCCCUGACCUUGAAUGCACUGUUGGCUGUGGGGCCUGGUGGAGGAGAGGCCCAGGGUGUGCCUGUAAAGGUCCUGGACUGCGAUACCAUCUCCCAGGCCAAAGAGAAGAUGUUGGACCAGCUUUAUAAAGGAGUACCUCUAGCCCAGCGGCCAGACCCCCGUACCCUGGAUGUCGAGUGGCGGUCUGGGGUGGCUGGGCAUCUCAUUCUUUCUGAUGAGGACGUGACUUCUGAGGUCCAGGGCCUGUGGAGGCGCCUGAACACCCUGCAGCAUUACAAGGUCCCAGAUGGAGCAACUGUGGCCCUGGUCCCCUGCCUCACCAAGCAUGUUCUCCGGGAAAACCAGGAUUAUGUCCCUGGAGAGAGGACCCCGAUGCUGGAGGAUGUGGACGAGGGGGGCAUCCGGCCCUGGCACCUAGUGAAGCCGAGUGAGGAGCCAGAGCCUCCCAGGCCUCGGAGGGGCAGCCUUCGGGGCGGGGAGCGUGAGCGAGCCAAGGCCAUCCCUGAGAUCUACCUGACCCGUCUGUUGUCCAUGAAGGGCACCCUGCAGAAGUUUGUGGACGACCUAUUCCAGGUGAUUCUCAGCACCAGCCGCCCCGUGCCACUUGCUAUUAAGUACUUCUUCGACCUGCUGGAUGAGCAGGCCCAGCAGCAUGGCAUCUCCGACCAGGACACCGUCCAUAUCUGGAAGACCAACAGCCUGCCGCUAAGGUUCUGGAUCAAUAUAAUAAAAAACCCGCAGUUUGUGUUCGACGUGCAGACAUCUGAUAACAUGGAUGCAGUGCUCUUGGUCAUUGCUCAGACUUUCAUGGAUGCCUGCACCCUGGCCGACCACAAGCUGGGCCGGGACUCCCCCAUCAACAAACUUCUGUAUGCUCGAGAUAUUCCCCGUUACAAACGGAUGGUGGAAAGGUACUAUGCAGACAUCAGGCAGACCGUCCCCGCCAGUGACCAAGAGAUGAACUCCAUCCUGGCUGAGCUGUCUCGGAACUACUCUGGGGACCUUGGGGCGCGAGUGGCCCUGCAUGAACUCUACAAGUACAUCAACAAGUACUACGACCAGAUCAUCACUGCCCUGGAGGAGGACGGCACGGCUCAGAAGAUGCAGCUGGGCUACCGGCUCCAGCAGAUUGCAGCCGCUGUGGAGAACAAGGUCACGGACCUGUAGAGAACUGGCCAGCCCUGGCCUGCUAUUGCCUCAGCCCUGCCUGGGCAGCCCUGGAACUGUGAGGGAGAAGCCGCCUUCUUAGAUGCCUGUAGUACCUGAUGAGUGGAGUUAGUGGAAGGCAGCCCCCGGGGCUCCUGGGGCCUCUGGCCUGGGCCCUGCUGGACCUGCCUCUCAGGCCUGGGGCCGUGAGGCCAAUGGGGUGGUGCCCAGCCUGCUCCCCGAGCCCGGUGACCCUGUGGGCUCUUUCCUGAGUGAUGUCAGUCUGUGGGGAGUCAGGGACUCAGGGCUUCCAGAGAGUGGCUAGAAGGGCCUCCAGCCUCUGGAGAAACUGUACUGUUCCUGAACACUGGCCUUUAUCCCAACGGGAUUCCGAGGGGAAGGAGGAGAGCCCCACUUCCCGUCCUUUCCUCCUCCAUCAUCCCUGACCUCAGUUUAGCUGCCUCCAGCCUUGUUGCUGCUGCCACGUUCCUAGGUCCGAGAGACAGAUGCCUCUCCUAGGCCACUGCAAACUGACCCCUUGGCAGGGCUGGCUGCCUCAGGGCCACCCUGCCUCAGAGUCAGCCAGUGGUGAGGGGCACUUGCUGCAGGGACCUGGGGGAGACCGGUGGCCCCACUGACCCAGCUCUUAAUUAAAGGAUAACACACUG